CUCAUGGUGCAGCAGUGCAGCAUAGAUAUGGGCUCGGCUGACACAAAACAAGCAACCAAACGAUAGCAAAGGUCAGGAGCUACCCAUAAUAAGGUAACUGAUCAAGCGACGCCAUUGCAGGAGGUAAUAAAAGAUCAUGAGCAGCGAUCUAGAAAAGGCAUUUUCGGCCAUUGAAAAGGGCAAGAGCGAGGAGUCUUCGGGACACCACUGGGAAGCGGCCACCUUGUUUGGUCAAGCCCGCGAAUUGUUGCAGGACUUGGCAUCGAAAUCAUCGACCCCCAAUGAUGAAGAAGAGCAAGCCAAGAUUGCUAAAUUAUACGAGGAUCAAAGUUACGAGUAUUUGCAUCGUGCCCGUGAAGCCUUCAUGGUAGGACUCAAAGUCGAACAUGAACAAGAUGUGGAAUUAGCGGCAACUACCCGAAAAUAUGCCUGCGACGAUCUCUCCGUAGAGGAGGCCAAGGAACGCCUGCGACUCUUCGCCUCUGUCUUUGCCAAGAAAGAAAUAUUGGAUUUGACAGACGGAAUGACUUUUCCCACAGCAACAACCACAGCAGCAGCAGCAGCUGACACGACAACUACUACUGCUACAGAGCAGCCAGCCGUCAACCCAGAAAUAUCAUUGGAAGAACGACUGCAACAAUUGAAUGCCAAUCUUCCCAAAUCACUCAAAUCCUCGCAAGAACGACUCGAAGAUGUGAACAAGGGAAUGGAUCGUUUGGGGUUUUCCUUGCCCGUGGCACCACUCACGUUUAAACCUCGCAAAUCCGCACACCAAGAAGUGGAGGAUAUUAUUGCGCAAGCACAAGACCAAGUCGUCCUGGAACGGGUAUUGGGAGAUGAUAAAAACGACAAAGAUGACGACGGCGGAGACAGCAUUUUGAGCGACGAUGAUGACGACGACCUCCAUUCCAAUGCCGAUUCCCUCUUGUCGGAUGAAGUUGCGGUUCUACAAAAUGUUUCUCAAAUACGAGAUCAGGUUGCCGCCGCGCAAGCUAAAUUGGCGGAACUCACGGCUUUGUUGGAAGAAUUGCCAGAUGACGAGGACGACGACAAGGAAGAAAAGGAGUCUGAUCCAGCUCCGUGUGAUCCAGGGGCAGGCAAACAAAAGCUACAAGAUGCCAAAUUGGCCAUUCGGAAAGCGCUCCGUUUGUGGAAAGUCAAGGCUGUAGAACGGUAGACAAGAGCAGGAAGAUAGCGCAUGUCUGUACUUGUGGUAUUCGAAGAUUGGGAUUGAAUCAAUUCCAUUUGCAGCAUUGGAAGCACCUUCAUGGGAACCUGUUGCACGUACCUCUUUUACGGGAGCUACCGUGCGGAUAUGACAGCUGUUCACGCAAUCAUGGGUUAAUGAUCACCGUUUCUUUCCAGUGUGUCCUAUUACUAUUACAAUUACAAUAUACCUUUGCAGAAGAAAGGCCUCG